CUGGAGCUCAGGGUUGGUCAGGCCUAAGAGGGCCCUAGCCGGACGUGAGCAGGGUCGGACCAAGAUGGCGAUGCAGGUGGUGCAAGCGGUGCAGGCGGUUCAUCUGGAGUCGGAUGCUUUCCUAGUUUGUCUCAACCACGCUCUGAGCACAGAGAAGGAGGAGGUGAUGGGACUGUGCAUAGGGGAGUUGAAUGAUGACACCAGGAGUGACUCCAAAUUUACAUAUACUGGAACUGAAAUGCGCACAGUCGCUGAAAAGGUUGACACCGUCAGAAUUGUUCACAUCCAUUCUGUCAUCAUCUUGCGACGUUCUGAUAAGAGGAAGGACCGAGUGGAAAUUUCGCCAGAGCAGUUAUCUGCGGCCUCAACAGAGGCGGAGAGGUUGGCUGAACUAACAGGUCGUCCCAUGAGAGUGGUGGGCUGGUAUCACUCCCAUCCUCAUAUAACUGUUUGGCCUUCACAUGUUGAUGUUCGCACACAAGCCAUGUACCAGAUGAUGGAUCAAGGCUUUGUAGGACUUAUUUUUUCCUGUUUCAUAGAAGAUAAAAACACAAAGACUGGCCGGGUACUCUACACUUGCUUUCAAUCCAUUCAGGCCCAAAAGAGCUCAGAGUAUGAGAGAAUUGAAAUCCCAAUCCAUAUUGUACCUCAUGUGAGCAUUGGAAAAGUGUGCCUUGAAUCAGCAGUUGAGCUGCCCAAGAUCCUGUGCCAAGAAGAGCAGGAUGCAUAUAGGAGGAUCCACAGUCUUACACAUCUGGACUCAGUAACCAAGAUCCAUAAUGGCUCAGUGUUUACCAAGAACCUGUGCAGUCAGAUGUCAGCAGUCAGCGGACCUCUCCUACAGUGGUUGGAGGACAGACUGGAGCAAAACCAACAUCAUUUGCAGGAGUUGGAACAAGAAAAGGAAGAGCUUAUGCAAGAACUUUCUUCUCUAGAAUAAAGUGGGAGACAAAAUGAAGAAAAAAUGAAAAUAUCCAAGUGUAAAAUUAAUUAAGCUAAAUCAAUUUUGAAGAAAAAGUGGGAAGACUCACAUUACUUGAUUGAAGACUUACUAUAAAACAAGAGUAAUCAGAUGGUAAGGUAUAUGCCCAACUGAUUUUGACAAAGUUAUGAAAGCAAUUCAGUAAAGGAAGGAUAUUCUUUUUAACAAAUGAUGCUGGAGUAAUUGGAAGGCAGCUAUGCUCACCACUAUACCACCAACACAAGUUGAUGCUGGAGUAAUUGGACACCCAAAGGCAAAAAAUGAACUUUGGCAUAAAAUGCAAACCUUAUACAAAAAUCAACAUAACUAUAUCAUGAACUUACAUGUAAAAAAUUUAGAAAUAAAAUCAUGGAAAAAUCUUCAGGAUCUUGGACUAGGCAACAAGUUCUCAGCCUCCACCCUCAAAGCACAAUCCUAAAAGGAGAAAUUGAUAUAUUGGACUUCAUCAAAAUGAAAAACUUUUGCUUCAGAAAAAAUUUAAGAGGAAGAAAUUGAGACUUACUUGCAAAUCAUAUAUCUGAUCAAUCUAGAACACAUAACAGUAAAAACAAACAAUCCAGUUGCAAAAGAUGUGAAUAGGCUAAAUGAAUUUCACUAAAGAGGAUAAAUGGAUAGCAAGUAAGCACAUGGAAAGAUGUUGAACUUAAUUAGUCAUCAGAGAAUGCAAAUUAAAAUCACAAUGAUGUAUUUCUACACAUUUAUCAGAAUGCUUAAAAGAAAAGAUAUUGAAAAUAUCAUGCUGUUGAACAUAUAAACUGGAUUUCUCAUCCUUGGCUGAUAGAAAUGAAAAAUGAAAUUUUAAUAAAGUUAAACAUACAUGUACCAUAUGACCCAGCAGUUGAACUCAUGUACAUUUAUUACAGAGAUAUGAAAAACUAUGUUGGCAAGAAAACUUAUACACAAAUCUUCUUAGUGUCUUUCUUUGUAAUAGCUCAAAACUGGAAGCAACCCAGAUGUCCCCCAAUUGAGUGGUUAAACCAACCAUCCAUACUAUGGAAUACUACUAUUCAAUGUAUAGGAAUAGACUAUUGACACACACAACUUGAAUGGACCUUAAGGGUAUCAUGAUGAAUUAAAAAAGUCUCAAAAGGUCACAUAGGUAUGAUUGAUUUAUAUAACAUUCUUGAAAUGACAAAAUUAUAGAAACAAAGAACAGAUUAAUGGUGACCAGGAAGGGACUGGAGGGGUAUGGGAUAUGUGUGACUAUUAAGGGAUAACACAAUCAGUUCCUUUGUGGUGAUGGAACAAUUCUAUGUCAUGAUUGUGGUGUUGAUUAAAUGAAUUCAAAUAUGUGCUAAAACUACACAUACUCACAAAUGAAUGCAUGUAAAAUCUGAAUAAGUUCUGCAAUCUGAUAAGGAGUAUUGUACCAUUGUAUCAUGUGAAACUGGGUACAGUCUGCAGUCUAAUAAAGAGUAUUAUACCAUUU